CGCUCAGUUGUGACCGAACCGUUCAUCCGACUGGGUAUCCAUGGCGACUGUUCGUGGCGUGCUGUUUGCUGCGUUGUUGACAGUAGUGCAUUCCGUGCUGGGCCAGGGGUGCGGCGAGCGUAAGGUCGACUACGCGAAGCUCAUUCUCGGUGGUGAGGAUGCGAUCUCCGGCCAGUGGCCAUGGCACGCAGCCAUCUUCCAUCGGAUCGAGCGCUCGUUCAUGUAUCAGUGCGGUGGUGCCAUCAUCAAUCAGAACACAAUCUUAACAGCUGCUCACUGUGUGCAGCUGAAUCAGGGCGUCAUUACGGUGGACCGGCUGUCGGUGCAGGUUGGCCGGACGUACCUGUACGCGGCGGAAAGCCACACCCAGGAGCAUCAGGCCGAGCGGAUCAUCGUGCACGAGGAGUACAGUGCGGCGCAGGUGCGGAACGACAUUGCGCUGAUCAAGCUGGCGACGGACAUUCGGUUUACGGAGUACGUGCAGCCGGUUUGCCUGUGGGACCGGGCCCGGACGGACAUUGGGCAGCUGAUCGGGCGCGUCGGUACGGUGGUUGGGUUUGGCAUUACGGAGAUCGGCGAGGUGGCGGAUCGGUUGCGCGUGGCGUACAUGCCGAUCGUCGAUACGCAAACGUGCCUGGAGAGCAAUCGGAAUCUGUUCGGGCGUGUGCUGACGCGGAAUGUGUUUUGUGCCGGGUUUCGCAAUGGAACGACGGUCUGCGGUGGUGACAGUGGUGGCGGCAUGUACUUUGAGAUCGAGAAUCGCUGGUACAUCCGGGGGAUCGUGUCGUUUAGUGGGCAAAACUGUCAGUCGGCCGACUUUGCCGGGUUUAGCGAUGUGGCCACGUACCUCGAUUGGAUCAAUCGGUACACGAGCGGCACGCAGAGCAAUCCGUACUCGGCGGCGGUCAUCAACAAGCAGCAGCUGCUGGCGCUCGAUGUGUGCGGUGCGAACAGCUACCCGGGCACGCCGGAAGAUGGGAAACCAGUUUUUCAAGGCUACCCGUGGCUGGGUGUGAUCGAGUACGUGCAGAGCGCCACCGGGCAGCGGCGGGUGCUGUGCCAGGCGACGCUCAUCACGCGCCGUUACGUGCUGACGGCGGCACAGUGUGUGUCGCUCUCGUCGAAUGCGAAUCAAAUUCUUGGCGUACGUUUGGGAGAGUAUGAUACGGUAACGAAUCCGGACUGUGCGUUCGUCCAGGGCAGGCAAGAGUGUCAGCCACCGGUGCAAGCGGUCGGGAUUGAAGAGAUAAUCGUCCAUCCCGGCUUCAACAAUCCAGCGUUUGCGAACGAUCUGGCACUGAUCCGGCUGCAGCAGGAAGCGAACAUUAAUCAAGACAACAUCAAACCGAUCUGUCUACCGUUCUCGACCGCCCUGAAGUCGCAUAAACCCUCCUACUACAUCCGCACCGGGUGGCUGGCCCGCAGCACCAGCACCACCCUGUACCGGAGCUUCCCGAGCUCGAUCGAAUCGGUCGGCUGCCAGGACGCGUACAACGACCAGGACGUGCCGCUGGAGAAAACGUACGGCCAGAUCUGCAUCCGCCGGGAUAAUCCAUCGGCCGGCGUUUGCACGUUCAACAUGGCCGCCACACCGCUCCAGUCGGUACAGGUCGUGGGCCCGAGCGAGCGGUACGUCCUGUACGGAUUGCUCUCCUUCGGCCCGAAACAGUGUCUCGAAACGUACCCGGACGUGUACACGGCGGUGGCACCGUACGUCGAUUGGAUUGUCUCGAGCCUGAGACCGUAGAAUGCAAAUGCCGUUAGGCCGUGUUAUGCUUACCGUGAUC